UUUUGUUUGACAACUAUUUUUCAGUUUCGUGAGAAUGCCGUCGCCUCAGGACACUGCCGCAGCAUCCAGCGACAGCACCGACUUUGACCCUGCAGUGCACAUCUACAACCUGAAUGGCGCAGAGGCAGAGAAGGCGCUCGGCAACACUGCGUACGCAGCAGACGACCUGCCCAAGGCGCUCCAGCACUACACCAAGGCACUGACGCUCGUCCAUCCAGGCAGCCGAGAAGCAGCCACGUACCUCAAGAAUCGCGCCGCCGUCUACGUCAAGCAGAGCUUGUUCAAGAAGGUUGUGGACGACUGCAACGCCGCUCUCGCCAUCAUCCAAAACGAUAUCAAGGCGCUGUACCGACGCGGACAGGCGUACGAGAAGCUCGAUGCGAUCGAUCUCGCGUUCAAGGACAUGCGGACCAUUGUUCUGUUGGACGCGACCAACAAAGAAGCUGCUGCUGCCGCUCAUCGACUUGGCAAGCUCAACUCGGAGCGCGCCGAUCUCCUGAACUCGACCGAUGGUGUCAUCCGAGAAAUGCUCAAGAUUGUCACAUCGGAUGCCAAGGCCGACAAGAAGAUUCAUGCCAUGAACAAUCUUGGCAUUCUCGCUCAACAGCCCGGUAAAGCCGAACAGUUGGUCGCGCAACAUGCUAUCGAAGAACUGGCCAAGUACUUGCAAUCAACCGACGAUACCAUUGCAACCGCUGCCAUUCGCGCGUUGUGCUCCAUCUCGCACCACAAGACAUAUCUGGCCAAGGUGGUGGAGGUCGCCGGCCUCGACACACUGACUUACCUCGUUGGAUCCCAGUCUGUUGAAGUAUCGCGAUAUGCAAUCCAGCUGCUCUCCACGAGCUUGGCAAAGGAGACUGAGAUUGAAAAGGAAGAAAAGGCACGCGAACUGCAGGCCACGCAAGACAAGGAGCGUCGUGAGCAGCAGCUCAAGGAGGAACCGUCAAAGAUUGUCGAGAUUGAUCCCUCUGCCCCAGAGACGACGCCAGCUGCACCUUCUCCCGCAUCAGCGACACCCGUCGCCACGCCUCUUCCAGAGCACAUUCUCGACAGCAACGAGCUGACCCACGCACUCGAUGCCCUCAUCAAGACCAUUCAAAGCACAACAAUCGAGUCGAAGGUCAAGUUUGCUGCUUUCAACGCCAUUAUGCGUGUUGUCAGCACGCAGGAUGCGGCCUUGCGUUUCGUGGCACGGCGAGGUCUCAGCGCCGUCCUUGCCAACGGUGCUCUCGGUGACGUCUUCUUCCAAGUCCCUGCCAAGGCACCCAUCAAGGCUGACGGCGACAUGGACGACGAGGAUGAGGACGAGGCAUCCCGCGCUCGAGCCAAGGCCGCAGCCGCCAAAAAGGCCAGCAGCGAGCCACCGCAGCCACCAAGCAACCUCCGCACACACGUUGCCUUGGUGCUGGCGCGCGUUCACGACGUGUUGGGCCCCAAGCAAGAAGACACGUUCAAAAACGUCUGUCUGGAGGCUGUGCUGCCGCUCGUCAACUCUGAGGAGGAGGAGGACAACGUCAAGGGCUUGUACACCAUCUCCACCAUUCUCCAGGCCAACCCCGAUGUUGGCAACUGGCUGAUCGGAUGCGAGGGCAUGCUCAACAAGGUGAUUGAGCUGGCAGACACGCAGCACGAGGGCUUGAUGGUUGCGUCCGCUGAAGUCAUUGCCUUGGCCGCGUCCGACAAGAAGCGUUGCCAGGCCAUCUUUGCCGACGGAUUUGACCAACUCAAGGCUCUGUACAAGUCCGGUAAGGACCGCGUGCGUGCGCGUGCGCUCGUCGGUCUGUGCAAGGUUGGCACCGUCAGUGAGGGCGCGCCCAACCAGCGCAUCCUGGCCGAAGGCUCGACUGUCAAUCUUGAAAAGGCUGCGCGUCGAUACCUCGUUGGCGCGAGUCUACGCGCAAUCGAGGGCCCUGCUGGGGCCAAAGAUGCGCCCGCCCACCAAACCGACAGCCGCUACGACUCGGAGCUGCGCAAAUGGGCUGUGGAGGGUCUUGCUUACCUGACGCUGGACGCAGAUGUCAAGGAAGCGUUGAUUGAGGAUGUUGCCGCUCUCAAGGCCUUGUUUGCGAUGGCCAUCAAGGAAGAGGACAAGGCUGUGCGUUAUGGCAUUGCCACGAUCUUGGUCAACCUGAGCAACUCGCAAGAAAAGCCCGAGCGCAUGCCCGAGUUGGACCAGCUCAAAAAGUUUGCCGGCGAGAAGGUGCCAGUCCCGCACCCGAAAGACGCCGACGAGUUCAUUGCGCCUCGUGUCAAGCGUCUUGUGGAUGUUGGCGUCAUCCCCGCCCUUGUCAGCAUUUCGCACCAAAGCGAAAGCGCGAUUGCCAACGAGCUGCUGGCUCGCGUCUUUUUGACCGUUGCCACGGACACUGCCAAUCGCGGUCUGAUUGUUCGGCAAGGCGGUGUCAAGGCGCUGAUGGGCCUUGCCAACAAGGGCACCCCCAAGGGAGUCAACAUUGCUGCCCAAGCUCUCGCCAAGGUCGCCAUCACCAUGGACCCGAACAUUGCGUUCGCUGGGCAGAAGGCUGCAGAGUUGGUCCGACCAUUGCUGCGCUUGUGCCAGUCCGAGAGCGGCUUGCAAAACUAUGAGGCGCUGCUCGCGUUGACCAACCUGGCCAGCGUGGGCGACGAGCUUCGCCAGCGCAUCGUCUUGGAAAAGGGCAUGCACCAGAUCGAGUCGCUGCAGUUUGAGGAGAAUGUCAAUUUGCAGCGCGCGGCGACCGAGUGCCUGUGCAAUCUGCUCAUGUUCAGCGAUGUCGCCGACAUGUUCAUCAAAGAGUCUGGCCGCUGCUACGAAAAGCUCCAUCUCUGGGUCUUGUUUUCCGGCUCGGAGGAUGUGGGUCUGUCGCGCGCAGCGUCCGGCGGCUUGGCCAUGCUGUCGGAUGAUGCUGGUGUGUGCAAGCGCAUUGCCGAGGACAAGAACGGCUUUGAGAUUCUCAAAGAGCUGGCAAUCAGCAAAGAGACUGACCUGCAGAUGCGGGCCUUCCACAUUCUGCGCAACAUGAUCAACUCGAGCAAAGCCAUCUCUGAGACCUUCAUUGACAAGGAGCAGGGUCUUGACAUUGUCUGGGCCGUCGACGGAACCACCAAAUCCCCCGUCAUCAAGAAGCUUGCAGGCGAGAUUGUUCAGCAGCUGAUGAAGUACGAGCUGAUUGAUGUUGUCAAGCCCUAGAGGAGGAGGCACAGCCGUCUCAAGAGCUUGACCUCGUGCGUCGGUUGAGUUUUGAUAUCCCCAUGUUUGAGGUUGAUGAAGAUGAGUUUCGUUUGUUUGCAUCGCUGUCUUUUGCGUUUUCCGGGUCUGUGCUGUACUGUACUUGUACAACAAGAUGAAAAAAAAAAUUCAACAGAAAAACGAAAAAAAAAAAAAAAAACCAAAAAAACAUAAAAAAAACAAAAACCAAAAACAAAAGGAAAAACACCAAGUUGGAGUACCCACCUCUGCUAACGAAU